UUAAAGGUCUUUCCGAAACAGAGACUCGACACAAUUCAGAAACUACGAGAGCUUAACAAAAUUACGUGCUGCCUCUUAAUUCACAAGGACUAUAACAGAACUUGCAAGAAUUGUGGGACCAUUUUCACGACGAAAUCACCACCUUCCGCCAUCGUCAAUAUCAGCACCUGUCAGGACAACAGAAUUUCUACUUUUCCUUUAUCUUUCUCGAUCUCUUGCUCAAGAUCAGAGACGAAUUUUUUGUUGAAUACAUAGAGCGUAAAGGAUGGGAGAACUUUUGAUAGAUUUAUUGAUUACAUGUGUCUCUGCGACCACAUUCGCCUCGAGGACUUGAUCGAGAUCUUGACGAAUAGGUUUUCAUUCCAGCGAAGGCGAAAAAGUCACGCUAGAAUGUAAACAGUACGGAAGUAUCCAGAAUCACGAUCUCAUCUGCUGAGACUUUCUCGCCUAAUUAGGUAUCAGUCAUAAGAUGUUCAUGUAAAUUUCGGGGGUGCCCUUGAAUGAACUUGGGGCUAGGAUAAUACACUUUUCAUGAAUGGGUGACAAGCCAUAAAAGAAAAAGUGAAGAACCAAUCAAGGUAAACGUACCAUUACUGAUGUAAAAGAACUUAAAUAAAUCCUCUGUUCGUACAACUGACAGAUCUCGCUUUUACUCGGUGAGAUUUGACGUUUCCUUCACCUCUUCGAACAGAAAUAUGCAAAAUGGGUUUCCAAAGAGCAUCGAACUUAAGGGUUUCUUUCUAGCAGUCAUUUUGGUGGAGAUUUCGAACUCAUUGAAAAACCAUGAUGCACUCAGAGAAAGUGGUGAGAAUUUCGUUACGUCUAUCGUUGUUUGAUUUUAUUCAAGAAAAAUUCUUAAUUCUGUGGGAAAAUUCCCAAUUUAGCCUUUAAACCUUAGAUUGACUAUACUAUUUAAUUCUUUCUUCGCUCAUGUACAGCUGGAUAGCACUGAAACUAAUGACGCAAUACGAAAACGACCGCGCAGUGAUCUAUUGUCUCUUCAUCCGAAGGUGAGAAAAAUCAAUAACCUGUUAUGCCUUUUCAAUUUUUUUAAUUGUCGUUAAAAAGAACGAAGCACUUUUUCUACGUGGGCCAGUUUAAAUUGCUUAAAUUCGGUGAGUAGAAGGUCAGCCAUCAUCAGUAAUUAAAGGGGAAAAGCGUUGCGUAAUCACAUCUAAGCGAUUAGCUCAUGGUUUGCUAAGAUGGAAAAAAAUUCUGAUUGCAGAUGAAGUUUCAUUUUGAAGAAGUCCAUAGUAAGACUUGGCUUAUUCAUCUUACAAGGGAUGAUAACAUUUUUAUUUAAUCUUAUUUCAUCUUAUUUCAUCCUAGAUGAUGUGUACAACAACUACGUCAAAAGCGGUUUUGACAGCUUCAUGCGUACACAAUUAAAAUUUCGCAAAUUCUACUUUGAUGUAAACCUUGAUCUCUUUUUUCUUAUCUCGCAAUUUGCAGCAAACUAGCUCGACGAAUGCGAGAUUCCUUCUCAAUAUAUGUAAUCAAACGGUAGAUUUUAUCCAUCGAAACGAUAUUUCUGACACCGGCUUAUGAAAGUAUUGCGUCACCCUUGUUUAGGUUCGAAUAGCUUUACGUUUUAAAGGAAUUUAAAAAAUAUUCACCGUCCGAAAUUUGGCAGAAAAAAAGAUCAGUCAUGUAAUUGACUUAAGUAAAACCUUUGCACAUAACUAUACUAAGGCGUUACUAAUCAUUAAUUGUAAUUUAUUUUCACAGUUAUUUGGGAUCAUAGCCGUGGUUGUCUUUAGCUUUCCCGUGGUUUCUGCUAAGGUUGGAUUAUAUUUACUGUAUAUGCAUAAUUAUUACAUACCUUAUAGAUACUUAAUUUCGCGUUUUUCGCGAUUGUCAAAAGAUCGCUAAAUUAUAGCUCGCGAAAUUUAAACACGCAAAAUGUCAUAACAACACUUAUUCCCUGUUAUUUCGGAAUUUUAAAAAGUUCAGACUUUUUGACAAAUAAAAUGAAGUCGAGAACGCUUGAAUCGCAAAAUUUAAUGCUCUAUUAUGAUAUCGCGAAAAUAAAACCCCACAAAAUUUUGUCUCGCAAAACGAACGAGUUGUUAUUUUUGUAGCUAAUAUUACAUUCUUUUAAUCAACACUUAUUAAACGAGAAAAAUCUCUCAUGCUUUGGGUAUAGUUCCCUCUAAAUAUGUAUAAAAAACAAAUAUUCAAAUCUAGUCCAUAAGUCCAGAAUCUAACAACCGCUCUUUUAGAUACAAGAAUAUUCCUCAUUCUAAGCUAGACCAAACAAUAGAUAACAAUUCCACCCGUAUACAUUCAACAUCAAGAAAGGUACUAAGAGCAGCACAUACUACAAUAUAUUAUUAGGAAGGAAAUAAUAAUAUUAUGUUUCCCUGCCAAUUUUAUUUCAAUAAACUAUACUUUUGAAACUAAUUUUAGUACUCGAUAAAUGUAGGCAAGUGAAAAUUUCAGAAAUGUCUGUGUAAAGCCUCUUCUAUGCAGAGUUUUGGUAACUGCCAUCAUGGUAAAUGCCAUCAUGUGUGACUGAAAGCUAUAAAAUUACGGUGAAUCUUGAAAUAACUACCAGGUUUUCUUUACAAUGAGAUUCUUCGGAAGGGUAUGUUGGGAGUCACUCUUACCUAUUCUACUCGAUUAACGAUUUACGAUUUACGAUUUCAUAAGAAAUAAAUGAGAAUAAGAAGAUCUUAAAUCAAAAAUUAUUUAGCACUCUCAAACAGGUUAGUAAAUACUUCCCAUAACAAAAGAGAACACGAAAUUUUCCCAACAUAUAAAUGGUGAUUUGAAGAACAUCGCGUCUCUUUUCAUGUAUGUUACAAACAGAAGAAAACACGAGCGAGGCCUCGUUGGAGAUCGUUUAGCUCAAUUCUAUGGCUAAAUUUCGAGCUACUUUUUGAAAUGAUUUAAAACCUGAUGGUGGCCCUCCAAUCCUCAACAACCCAAGCUCUGAAAAUUUCUCAGAGGAUCCGCCAUUUUGAAUUUGAGUGUGGAUUAGGUCCUUCCUUCGUAUAAGGAACAUUUAAUUAUCCAAACAAAAUAUCGCCUGGUGAUUGGGUAAAUAUAUCAAGGAUAGAAAGUAACACAGAUUUGGCGAACUCUUUUUUUUCUUGUGGUUACUGGCAAGACCUUUAACCUAGUAAAAAAUUUUUGUUUGCGGCAUGUGGUCGAGGAAAUGCAUGCGUGAAGCGAGCGUGAAGGGCGAGUCACUCCCGUGAGUCCGUGACGCCUGUUUUGCAAUGCGUCUUUGUCAUCCUGGAUUCCUUAUUAUAUUCUGCGACAAUUAGAUUGGGCUUACAUGAUAUAAAAGAUGAGCCGACUGUUGCUCAAAAUGGCGAAGCUAAGUCGAGCCAACUUCUUGCGGGUUUUGAUGCUUUCACCGCCGUUACGACACAAAAUGCAAAUAUUUUGUGUCGUAAUCUUUCUGACAGUUAAAAUGGAAAGGACUGCCACUCAUUUAUUGUUACUCUUUUUUAUACGUUUUCUUUUUCCUAGCCAACGCCAAGCCAGACAAAUCCUUGCAAACCAACUGAAUACUGGGUUGAAAAGGAAGAUGGCUCACAAGAGUGUAUAACAUGCGGAACUUGCCCAGAAGGACAAGGUCUCUCAACGGAAUGUGGGAGUUCUGAACUGCUGCCUUCUAAUACCAUGGUGAAGUGUUUGGCAUGCACCAAAGGAGUUUCAUUUUCCAGAUAUGAAGAUUCGUCCAUUUGCCUUCCCUGUGCAUCAUGCUCUAAAGGUCAGGUGGUAGAACAAAGCUGCUCUCCCAAGUGGGAUGUCAAGUGCGCAAAUAAAUGUUCCAGCAAGGACAGGUACAAUUAUUAUUACAAUUAUUCAUUAAUUGUCCCAGAAUUGAUCAUUGCAAGCGUUUUAAUUGUUAGGUGAAUAUACUCGGAGUCUUUGGUGAUUAUUUUGUACGUGCAGUGUGUAGUUCUAAUACUGGAACAGGCACAAACUGUGGGAAUCGUUAAAGAUAACUUACCACCAAUACUGAUAUCUCUAAGCCAUCAUAAUAUUUACAGAAAAUUUAUGUUAGUUCUGUGGCGUGCCAGCGAUUAUAUAAAAGUUAUCACUAUUUCACUGGUUAGGUAUUAUGAUAUGGACAAGGGGGACUGUUUUAAGUGCUCAAGAUGCUGUGGCGAUGAUAGAGAUGUGGUGGUAAAAGAGUGCAAAGAGAAGUUGGGAGAUGGCUCAAACAUGGUUUGUUCAUUCGACAGCAGUGUGAACCGCUGUGGCAAAACAACGCCUCAACCAACAACUAUCAUUAGCCAUGUCGACCCCAAACACGAUGGUCCUUAUACCACUCAAAAAAGUGAUCAUUCCACUAAAGCGAACGAUCGGACGACAACUGUUAUUCUUGUGGUGAUAAUAGUUGUUUUCGCUUUUUGUGUUUGUUCAUGCGUUUUCAAGAAGAGACUGGCACAGAUGUUGAGUUGGUGUUAUCGUACUGUUGAAGUGGAAGACCAUCAUGAUUUAUCAGUCAUGGAGGACGAAUCAUCGACUGACGGAAAGGGUGGUAAGACUGUGUAGCUUUCCUUUGAGUUCGUUCUAAUAGUGUCCAUUAUUCAAAUAUUGACCUGGAUGAAACUCGUGAAAAAUAAUGUUAGAAAGUCUGGCCACUAAGAUGUACCCAAUUGAACCAACAAAGCUCUCAGUAUCUCCAUAGAAUUCUCCUCUCAAAAGUGAUCUUUUAGGGUGUAGUUUCAUUUAAGACGUCGUCGGUUGAUCGCCUAACAAUAUUCAAAUGUAAGCAUACUUCAUAUAGCAACAUAGGAAAAGUAAGCAUUCGGGAACAACAUUUCUCUUUAUCUCUUUUGCUAACUACAACAGUCCUCGAGAUGCAGGUUGAUUAAAUUCCACUCACUUUUGUAGGUGAUUAACCCUCUCUUGUCAAACUCAUUAAUCAAACCGACUCUGUGACAUGCCCCAGACUUUGCGUUGGCAGAUACUGAUUCUGUUACAUUCAUUCAUGUCUGAAAUGCUUCCUCCAAGCCUGUCACAUUCAUAGUUUUGUAUAUUAUGAUCUUUCCAGUAGAAAAUGCUAAAGAAAACUUAGAAGAGAGUGAUGAGUCAUAUGAGUUAGGAGAAGUUCAUUCAGUUGCAGAGGAACCCCUGUUGAAAGAGGUAUGCAAAAGAAUGUUUUUCUACCUUAAAGUUCAUCAUAGGUUAAGUUUACACGCGUUAUAUUAAGCCCUUCCCGUCAAAUGCAUAGCUAUUGGACCUCUACGACCAGUUCAAUCGUCAAGCAUAUUUAGAACUUAAGCAUUGCUUUGAGUCUGAGGCAUUGUCAGAAAUCGAGAUACAAAUGAGGUACAACUAAAUAUGUGAAGAUAUUAAAAUUGAGAAAAGAUGUGCUUUAACAUAUGCAUGCUCAAUGAAAAAUUCAAUUUUCCAGAGUACGUUGUAACUUAUGAAGGAGCCGUAAAAUUGCCCUUCAUUUAUGCUCAGGUACACACUUUAAUGAUCCUCUCAACUUAAAGAGUUUGAAAAUGGUCAUAAAUUAAUUUUAGUUCCUCUUUGUUAAAGGGUAUUCCCGAAAUCUUGGACGACACUGUAACCACCAAAGAGAAAGGUGUGAUAGAACUUCAGUUGGAGAGAGACUUUGAACUUACUGUCAGGGGAAUUUAUUGUUAAUCGGGACUUUUAAAUUCUUGAUUUUCACCAACCAAAAGCCAUUGGUGCCAUAAGGGACAAGAUAGCCUGAUAUUAAUUUAUCUGUUUGAGUAAAUACUAUUUAAUCGGAGGUUUCUUAUCUUCAUGAUUUAUAACACCUAAUAGUUUCAAAUACUUUGCAGCGAUUAAGAGUUGGAACAAAAUGAACCCAGAUAAAGGGACAAAUUUCUUGCAAAAGUUCAACUUUUUGAUAGAGCUGCUUCACGAAUGGAGACCCUUAAUAGAAAAGAUAAAAGCUGAAAAUGAUUUGAGAUAUAGGAGUGGAAAACUCUCUGGGUGGUUGGAAGAAACAUAAGAUAUUAUUUUGUUUGGGGGGGAACCAAAAAAUGAAAUGUAAUACGAGUAAACCCCUAUCAUGGAGGUUGUAAUGUUGUCUAUGUUUGACUGUCUUUCCUUAUUGCAGGUUCCAAGCUACUUAGCAGCUUGUUGGAGAGUGAGUCUUACCAGUACUUAAAGAAAAUCUGUGAUCGUUUGGACACAACCAUGGCAGGCGCUGGUGACUAUCGCGAUGUCUGUUCGUAUUAUGGUAUUGAUCGUUUUGGGAUUGCCUCAAUUUAUGAGAAGCAGAGGGAUGGGCCAUCCAGAGCUCUAAUCGACUACUUGGCAGCCACACAUGAACAGCUAACAGUGGCUGAGUUUGUAACUGUGGUGAGAAAAGUAGCAAAGAGAGGUGAUGUCGCAAAGCUGUUAGAGGAGUAUGAAGAGGAGUUGUGAGAAAGAAUGGCAAGGUUUUUUCAUUACCGAUAGUGUCAUUUUCAUUUCUUGUUCUACUAAAUCAGUAUUUGAGAUCGUUGUAAUUCUAAAGAGUUGCAUUUUCUGAUAUGAAUUUUAUGUAGCCUCGGGUACUGAAAAGGACCCAAAUUUAAAGGAGAUGUCUUGAUUAGCAUGAAUUCAAUGUUAUCUUCAAUUUAUUAAUGAUUUAAAUGUUAGAGCUAUUUAUAUACUUGCAAACGUAAAUUUUAGAUUACUGAUUGUCUUGUUGUUUCACGUUGAAUCGUUAACGAGGCAAAAGAGGGCAAACACCUUUUCUACGCUUCUUUGAGGCUAGUUACCUGUUACCUACCGCGAGGACACUGAAUCCACCAGAUAGUCCUUACCGGAAAUGAAAUCCCUACCAAGUAGUUUUUAGAUUCUAGUAGUCUCCAAUUAAGCGUCGACAAAUCAAAACCAUAACAACCACACUGGCCAAAAAAAAACAACGGUUAUCAGAAACCAAUGAGAACUUAAAGUAAACGCAAACAAACCACUUGAAGCGCGAGAUAACGUGGGUGUCCGACUUGCGAUUGGCUACUUCUUUGCAUUUAAUUGUUUGGUACGUUAGCGCACCGAACGAAGUAAAGCAAAAAAAAAAAUGCAAUCCCAUAUUUUUUUGACGAUGAUUAAACUGAACAAAAUUUUCUACUUUGUUCUGUUGAGAUCUAAGCACCAUUAAGGCACUCAUUUAAGAGCAAUUUUUUUUCUCAUUUUUAGUUAUAUUUUUUAAAUCACUGGUUAGUUUUUAUUUUUGUAUACCGGAAACGCUACUUUUUUCGUUUUGUGUCAAUGAUAGAGUUAUGUUACGUAUUUAACAGUUAAAGAUGUAUUUGUGGUCACCCUUGCAAAUGUUUCCGUGUUUAAUUUGAUUUUAAGGGAGCGGAGAGGUCAAACCGCAUUAAAAGUUUCUUUCAAAUUUUUCUAUCCGCCGCUGAAUCGAUAAAGAACUGCAACCCGUCCGUUUACGUCAAUUGUUUUUGCGUUUAAAAUCUUAUUUUGAUUGAUCUUCCGAGAGUCAAUUUUCCUGAAACUUUUUUCAAAGUCUUUCAUUUCUAUCCGCCGCUGAGAUAAAGAUGCAACCCGUUGUCUGACCGAAACUAAUUUUGAUUGAUCUUCCCUAAUCCUCUUAUUAUAUUAUGAGGAUUAAUGUCUUCUUAAUAGGGAGUUCAAAGGACUAAUGAUGAUAUUAUGAAUAAAAACUAUGAGGGUACUUUUUACCUUUUGUUUUCUUUGCAACCAAAUCUCUGAUUCCACGUUGCGAAGUGUUUGAGAAUCCUGCGUGCGAAUUUACGGUUGAUAUCCAUGAAGCCUGGAAAUAUUCGAGUUUUGAUUUUUGUGGAUUUUCCGGUUGUCCUUAAUCCCCAUUAAAAGUCCCCAUAGGAAAAGAGAAAAUUUCGCCAUUUACCUUCAAUUAAACCAGGGUGGAUCAAGUGUCUUUCGUAUUGAGGUCGGAAUCGCUUGAAAUGCUCAUUCAUGACUAAUCUACCAUGUAGCUUUCCUCUCUAUAACUCAACAGGUUAGAAAAUUUUACAAUAUCAGGGUUCUUUCCUUGUUCGCGUUGUACUCAUCAGUAUUAAUUUCCAGAAAUUUGGGCGAUCUCGAACCAUAAUAAGUUGUUUUCUUAAACAUACACGUGCUAAUUCCCGUCUCGACAUGGAGGCGACAUGGGCUGCCGCAACUUCCUGCUUCAUUUCUUCACAUGCCCAUGGCUAAACUUGGGGAAAUUUUUCAACUCUUGAUUACAGAGGAAUUUGAACGUAUCCAAAAAAGCCUUUCAUUCCAAAUUUGAAGAAAACCCAUACGAAAACAUGACUUCAAACGCUGCUAUACAUGAGUUAUCCACUCAUACGAAAAUGCUUUCGGACACGUGUUCACACAUACUUUUUGCCGCGGGAAAUGCUACGGAAAACAGAAUGUUCAUUGGCGUGUUUAACCAAAGUUGAAUAUCGCGUUUUUCUGGUGUUAGCCGACCUGUGGUAACACAUAGAAAAUACUGUGUUACAACAACCUAGAAAGUCAGUGGAAACAUUUAGGAAAACGGAAUGUUAGCCCGGGUAAUGCUUGCGCUGAAAAACUAGUGUCGAAUAUCACCUCAUUAACCGCUUCAGGAAAACACUAAACAGACACCGUGAUAACUCACGCUGGAUAACCGAUGUAGAACAAAACACAGUGUACAGAUGAGUUUUCCAGGCCCUGGAAGCCCUGUCGUUAACGCUAUGUGUUCCCAUAGUGAAUAUGCCACGCGUUCUCCGCAAAAAUGAAAACGAAAUUUGAACGAGGCAUUUCCCCGGUAUUCACUGUUUGGUUAAAUUGUGGGAACGAGGGAUUCUUUUGCCGUGUAACGUUCAAGUUAAAUAGAUCGACUUCACAUGUAGCGUAGCCUCGUGGAAAUGGGAGUAAGAUCCAAAAUUCUCCUGCUUAUGGUGUGGACGCGUUUCGAUCAGAAAUUGGAAAUUGAGGGAGGAUGUAAAGCAAGGCCUGGUCGAAAGAGUAGAACUGGGUCAAAAGAGAGUUGGUGGGGGUGAUUGCGUUCGCAUUCAAUGGAGUCUUACAAAUCCGUGCUAAAUUCUGAGAUUCUCCUUUCGAUUGACUGAUACCGCCUUCCAACCCUUUUUGUUUCACCGUGUCAUGUUACCGUUGGGAUUUCUUUGGGAUGACGUCAAUUGCCUUUUUUUGGCAGUAUAAGAUUUCCCACAUGGUCUAAUCCAGUACCAACCGGUAGGCAUUUUGCUUGUCAGCAUAUUUUUAAACAUCUCGCUACUGAGCGGAACGAAUGAGCUUCUACCGAUUCUAAUCAUUACAAGAUAUUAUUCAUGUAUCAAAAGUCUCAAUUUGUUCAGCAAGAUUCGACAAAAAAUUAAAUGAAGACUGCACCGUAAGUAUAGUGUUACUGUUCUUUCAAAAAUCUCUUGAUCGUUAAACGAUUUGAAACCGGCAUACUGUGACCUGUCUCGUUACACAGUAUCUUUUCAUAUCUCAAGCUUUGUAACUGUGCAAAUUGCUUUACUUGACGAGAGUUUGCUACUUCGGACAUAAUAUCCUCGGAAACCUUGCCAAGUCGAGUGGACUGGAGAAGUGCUCCUGAACCAUGUGCUCCGUUGGAAUAUUAACGAAGACCGUAAUUAUUGCAGUUGUGGUAAGUUCACAUUCUGUUUAUUCCAGGCUGGCAAAAUUCAAGUGAUGGAUUAAAUGCAUAUUGUUUCAUUCAGAUAGUUUGUGUUACAACCAGUAGAGAACGACGGAAAAUAAUUAUUUCUUGAUAUUGCUACCUAUGACAUGUGAGGUAAAUUUCAUGACAUAGACCGGUAGUAUUGAGCAAAUGAGAUCGACUUCCCUUUUCCCUUAUUUUUCCCUUUGAAAUGCUAACUGUAUACUGAUUACCAUGGAUAAGGAAAAAACGCUGAUCUGGCGGUAACUGAGGAGGUAGACACUGUUCCAAUAAAAGAAAAUAAAGGUUCCUUCUUUUUCAGCUCCAAGCAAAAGGCAGAGAUUGCUUGGGCUGCAAAGGUGAUGAGAUCACUUGGCGUAGCGAUAAACCAGGAAAGAAAAACACGUGUAUACCGUGUAUCGAUUGCCCAGACGGAACUGAGCCGUCGAUUCCUUGCGGAGGGACCGCCAAAUAUGGGACACACUUACAUUGUGAGGCAUGCAGGCAAGGAACCUAUUCGGACAAUUAUGGAAAAGGGCCCUGUAAGCUAUGCUCUCUAUGCUCCGUUGGACGUACAGUGACAAGGAACUGUUCUGCGACGAAGAACGCUCAGUGUGGCUCUUGUAAAUACGGCUAUUACCAGAAAGUUGUCAUCAUGAACCUGCUUUUCUAUUGCCUUCCGUGUUCUGUCUGCUGUGGGGACGGUAAAGAUAAGGUAGAGAAGCAGUGCACAGAUCAAGGGCUUCCAAGUCAACAACAUUGCAAACUCAGAACCGCGCCCAGCUGUCAACUGUUGCAGACAACUUCAAAGAUCACAUCGAGCACUUCAUUUCUAGGAGCAAAUCAUACGGCAAAGAAAGGAACAAGCCCAAAGGGACAAUCAGAGGAAGCUUCUUCAGUUCCUUCAUCAAGAACACCGAAGCCGUAUGCAAGAACCACUGCCAUAACCGCAAAACGACAUGAAAAGUUAGCUGCUUCCCAGUAUGGAACAAGUCCCGCCUCAGAAGGAUUCCUCGGCAAUAAAUCAAAGGGAUCUUUUUCCGAUAGAAGUGUCGAUAUUAAUAAUGGCAAUGGUAUUGUCGUUUCUCCUAUGUAUGGGAUUCCCGUUAUUUUCAUUGCAAUAAUUGUAAUUGUUCUUAAGCGGAACAAGCUUGCAAGCUUCUUUGAAAGGACGAGGUGUGGUCCUAUCCUGAGGUGUAGAGACGCUGAACUCGGUAAACAAAUAGAGAGUACUCCGUUGAAUGUUGUGCCAUUAGGAGGUACGUGAAUUUGCACUAUUUUGAACACGGUCAAAUGAUGGCAAAUUACUCAGUCGUUGAGACACUUUCUUAAAGGACUAAGCAGUCAGGACAAAAACGCCGGGGAAGACGGUGAUUAAAAAAAUUUAUAUAUAUUUUUAACAAGAAUUUCGUGAAUGGCUAGAUUUGUGAACUAGUCUUUUGGCGCUAAGCCUCAACUUACGAAUAACGUACGUAAACAGUGCUGAGUUCCAAAUGGAAACUUAAAUAAUUUUUUGUCGAGGCUUCCGUUAUCAGCUUUGACUCGUCCUUGGUGCAGUCGCUUUCGUAGUUUGCUUUAAGUCCCAUUUUUGUGCCGCCAGCCAGAAUUAUUGGCGGAAAGUGCCAUUUUUGUACCGCCAGCCAGAAUUAUUGGCGGAAAUUAGACCUUUAAUAUCAAUCUAUAGGUACAGCUGUUUCAUGUUUAAGACACAGAUAAUGACAAAGAUUGCUAAAAGCGAGGAGUGGUGAACAUGUGCCUUGUGUACGACUUGACAAAACGGGUUUCAUUUCAAUUAUCAAUUAAAUGCUAACAGUGUAAUAUUUUCGUGAUAGGUUUGGUUCUCAAACUUAGUUAUUGAAAGAAAAAGUUACGUCAAAAAAGUAAAUAAACAUGUACGAAUAAACCCAAAGGGAACGAAAUAGAGGACAGUGUAAAGUAGGAUUGGAACUCUUAAAUUUGGUAUAACGUUUCCUAGAUACUCAAACCGUGAUGUUUCUACGUGACCAGUUUCCCUUCCGUUUGCCCACUUAAUGUUUUGAACGUAGCGUUCUUUUUCAGUCUAACAACAUGAAUAUUAGUAAUUUUUCUUUUCCUUUGUAGUUCUGGUUUCCUUAAAAGAUUUGAAGUCUCUUUCACUUGACACAUAUACCAAAGUGUGGAAACGACUGGACAAACAGCCGGAAGGAAAGACCAGAGGUGACUUCAGAGAUGUGGCUGUGCGGUUUUUGUAUUUAGAAGAAGACAUUUGGGAACUGGAGAAAGAAUUUAAAUCAUGUGGCUCUGGAAGUCCUUCAAGACAGCUUUUAGAAGGUCUAGAAACUAGACGACCUGACCUUACUGUGUUGGAGUUUAUCAAAGUUCUUCGGGAACCAAAUAUACUGAGGAACGAUGUCGUUGAACUUUUGAAAGACUACAUUCAUAGAUAAGUGAAUUUUUAGACAGAUAAGGUUCAUAUUGAAGAAAGGCGAAGAGUCGCGGCUAAUGGCAACAGUUCGAUUCCGGUUUAGUUUAUUACUUCUAUUGCAUUUGUAAUAUGAGCGAGAUCAAUAAGGAACGGGUCACGACCACAUACAUUUCUCACUUUUACAAUUCUAAGGCGGCCAAAGCUCAUGACACAAACUAGAUUGAGCGUCACUCUUACCGUUGCGAGAUGAGUUGUGUUGCAUGUAGCUUUGCAGGUUUUCCAUCGGGACAAUUUACACAGGGGCGGUUCUUUGUUGAUAAAAUGUUUUGCAAUGUGUUUUAAAUAAAACUGACUUCCUUUUUCGCCC